CGCCGUUCAUUACCUCUUCGACUUUCGUUUGGCGUAGCGGUGGCAAGUACUGGAGCGGCGGGCGUUCGGAACAGUAGACAUUACAAGUACACUCACACCACAGCAUGGAUAACCCAGGGGGCACCAAUUUACCCCAAAACGAGCCGGUUCAAAUUGCCGAAGCCGCUCCCGCCGAGGAUCAUCCAGCAGAGGCAGCGGCAGUCGUUGAAGAACCUCAUGCAGAUCCCACAGAGAACGAUGACAGUACCAGUACUGAAGCUGACUGCCUCUGUUGGCCACAUGUGCCAAAGGAAAGCCAAGGCCCUCCCCCGCCGCUGGACGAGGUCCUCCCCGAAGUGUGGCGGAAUGUAGACGAGGCCAUCAAGGCGUUCAACCGUGUUGUUGAACACCUCCGCACCCGCCGGGUCAACCCAUCACCGGACGCACCCUUCUCGGCAGCCAUUUACAUGUUGGCCGAGGGCGCCGCUGUGGCCGGCUCUCUGAAACAAGGGAUGAAGCUGAUCACACAGACACCGGGCUAUAUGUUCCCGAAACCGCAGUGCAAGAACAGCUUCGAGCGGCACCUGUCCAACCUCUCGCGGCGGGACGACACGCUGCGGACCGUCGAGGAGAACAUCACGCGGACCAUGCAUGAGGCACAGCCCCUCUUCGAGGCUCGCGAGAAGUUCCUCGCGGUCGAGCGGAAGAUGAGCAGACAGCGAGCCAGGCAUAUGUUUGUGCGAACGGCGGCCAUCCUCACCCUGCCCUUUGCCCCCAUCCUCUCCGCAGCACUCACAGCAGCCGACAACAUCGUCCUCGCGGUCAUUGUCGGGGUCCAACAGCUCCUCGUGUCCGAGGACGAGCUGCAUUCCACCUCCGCGAGCGUCGAGGCCCUCCGGGCGGAGAUGAACGACAAGAUCGCUGUCGUGCAGAAGCUCCGGCGCGAGCUCGUCGAGAUCCGCGCGCAGGUUGAGGCGCAGCGCGGGGACCCCGCCGCGUCCCGCUUGGCUGCGAUGCUACACACGAUGCAGGCUGCGAAGGAGCUUGCGGAGGCCGUGUUCAGCGCGCCGAAUAGCAAGGAGGCGAAAGCGGUCCCGGGAGCCUCCAUGCGGGCGCUUGCGUCGGCAUUGCACGAGGUCUUGGAUGCCCUUGGAGAGCGGCCCGAGGGCACUGCGACCCUCGUCGAAGUUGACGACUCUGAUUGGAGUGGUCUGGACGAUACCGUGACGGAACUGAAGGCAGCGUUGCCGGCUUCCGUCGGACUCUGAUACUUCACACGCCCCUCCUCGUCGUUCCCCGCUAUCGUUUCGCUUUUCAUGCUGCUGUGUCUGUUUGCUUUUUCGCAUGAGUUGCACACAAACUAUCCCCAUACCCUCGAGUUUCCUUUGGCAUAUCAGGUACAUCACACUCCUUCAUCUUGUUUACCUCCGACACUCCGUACUAUUAUCUGUGUACGUCG